UUUUCUGAAAGUCUCUAGGGAAUUACCGUACUGCUUAAUAAACUGCUUUCGAUAGCAGAACUAUCGGUAAUUCUUUAUCAUUUAAUAUCAAAACGUGGUCAAAUCCGUCAAGAUGCAGAUUCCACCGAUUUUUAUGGAAUUACCCUUAGAUGAUCAGGCACAGGAAUUGCGAGCAUAUUUUAAAAGUCUUGGAGCUGAGAUCAGUGAAGAAAAAUCUCCCAAAGGAAUAGAGGAUGAUUUACAUAAAAUCAUUGGAGUUUGUGAGGCUUGUUUUAAAGAAGGAAAUGAAAAUGAAAUUGAAACUGUAUUAAAUGAUAUUGUUUCUCUCAUGAUAUUAAUACCUACUGAAAGAGCAGAAAAUUUAAUAUUAGCAUUUUGUGAGAAGCUUACAAAAGCACCAGGUUAUAAAUUAGGCUUGGUGUGUUUGAAAGCUUUAUGGUUAUUAUUUCAAUCUCUUUCCGAUGAUUCGCCAAUGAGAUACCAUGUCUAUUAUCAUCUAGUUCAAAUAGCUCGUAAUGUAGACCAAGUGAAAGCAGUUUACGGAGGAAUAGAUCAAUUGAAACAACAAUUUGCAUCAUUUCCACCAUCCAAUGAACAAAUGCAAAAAUUAUUGCGUUUGUUACAUGAAGUACUUCUCAGUUGUAAACAAGGAGAACAGGCAGCUGCUGUAAUGGUAGAACUUCUUGGAACAUAUACAGCAGAAAAUGCUUCUGCUGCAAGAGAAGAUGCCCAACGUUGCAUUUUAGCUGCUCUUGCAGAUCCAAAUACAUUUUUACUCGAUCCAUUAUUAGCCUUAAAGCCUGUACGGUUUUUAGAAGGAGAACUGAUUCAUGAUUUAUUACUUGUAUUUGUACAAGAAAAAUUACCAGCAUAUCUACAUUUUUAUCAACAUCAUAAAGAAUUUGUUGAGCAUCAACUUGGGUUAAACCAUGAGCAAAAUAUGAAAAAAAUGAGGUUAUUAACAUUCAUGCAAUUGGCAGAAACAAAUCCAGAAAUGUCAUUUGAUACCAUCCAAGAAGAAUUACAAAUUAAUGAAGAUGAAGUAGAAAACUUCAUUAUUGAUGUCUUGAAAACGAAACUUGUAAGAGCACGUAUGGAUCAAGCUGGUCGUAAAGUACUUAUUUCAAGUACAAUGCAUAGAACCUUUGGAAGGCCACAAUGGAUGCAAUUACGAGACUUACUUGUUGCUUGGAAGGCCAAUUUGUCCGCUGUUCAAGAUGCUAUGAAAUCCGUAGCUGCUGCACAAAUGGAACUUGCAACAAAAAAGAAAGAGGGCGAUGUAUAAGUAUACUUGGUCUUCACAGUGGUAGUACCUACUAUCCUCUACACACAUUUUUUGCCAUAAUUAAGAAUUGGCACUUGCCUUAUAUAGAAUAAAUGAAAAUAUUUAAAUGAAAUAUAUAUUAUUAUUUUCAGUUAUAAUUUAUUAUUACUUUCGGGUUAUAUAUUAAAAUUCCAGUUUCUGUUUUUUUUUUUUUUUUUUUUUUUUUUUCCAGCAGAAAAUUGUAUACGAAGUAUACCACGCCACACUCGUGAGACAAUUGAAUAAAAUAAUUUACUAAUAAUUUGAAAAGAAUAAAUAUUACGUAUGUGAAAUACAGAGGAAACAAUAUUAUUAUUGUGAAUAUUCGUACUUUUUAUUAUCACAUGGUAAUGAUACAAAAUAUCAUUUGUACAAUUGUAUAUGCAGCAGAUAUAAUACUUUAUUAAAAAUUUAUAACACAAACAAAAAACCUCAACAUAUGUAAACUAAAUUAAUAAAACAAUAGAUAGCACAUACACUCCUUUUAAUAGAAAACAAAUAAUUAUUUAACUUAUCUAAUGUGUGUCAUUGCAUAUUUCAGUACCUUAAUAAUAAGUGUCUAUCUUGUUUCUCUCUGUCACCGUUUAACUGUCAUCAAUAUAAAAGUAUUAUUUUAACAAAGGUGUAUAAUUUUUCGAAGGCACUACAGGAGUUUUCAUUUUGUAUGUAACCAUUUACCAUUAUUGAUGCCUUGAUAUAAAUUAAGUUCAGUACAAAUGAUAGAAUGCAGUUUGUCAUUGGAAUGACUUACAUGUGCUUAUUUAUCAUAAAGUUCACUAUAAAACAUAGCAUAUAAUUUUCAUUGCGUUAUAUAAUCAAAAUAUUUUUAAAAUUACGAAUUUAAUAAUUUUAAUAUUUUAUGGUAUUUAAUCUAUAUAAACUAUGUCAAUAGUACUAAUAUUAUUAUGAGAAUGACACAUUGCAUUGACUUAAAUAUAAACAUUUGAUGUUGGUAAUAAUAAAGAUAAAAUAUGUGUACAUAUAUAAAAA